AUGCCUUGUUUCUUCUUUUUCUUUUGGAAACUUCUCUCGGAUAGAUUGAAGAAAAAAAAUGCUAAAAUCCUAAAGAAUCUAAUGUACUAUGUUACUAAUGCAGAUGAGCAAACUAAUAAGCAAAUCAAUUGUAUAAUUCAAGAAGUCUAUUUGUCUACGUUAGAUAAAAAUUUUGACAGCGCGUCUCUCGUUGAAAGUUUGAGAAAUAAGAUGGUAGAAAAGAAAACGCCUGAGGAAUUUAGUCAUGGCAUAAUCAUACACUCUAACAAGGUGAACACAAACUCAGGGAUGGAAAAUUCUCUUCUUGAAACAGACGCCCAUCCUGCAAGCCAUAGACUUCUACGAUGUUCAAAGUGUGGAACUCAUGGUGAACAAAAUGUACUUUCUGACUUUCAGAUUCAGUUAAUUUUAAGAAUGGAAGGAAUACGUGAUUGGUUUAAUUUAGUGAACUCAUGUGGUCUCCUAAGUGAACUUGAUCCACCACUACCAUCUAUUUCCUCAGUGGAGAAGCGAAUUCGAAUAGGGUCUUGGAAUCUCAAUCGUUUUGGUUUAAGUAAAGCUGAACAUCCAGGAUAUAUGGAAGUAGUAUGCUUAACAAUAUUACGGGCGAAUUUCUCACUGGUACUUCUCCAAGAAGUUUCAGAUCCUGUAGUUGGUGAACACCUAUGUGCCGAGCUAAACUGUCCAUCACUUCCUCACGUAAAAGAAUGGGUUAGAAAACACUCUCCUGUUAUUACUCCUAAUUGGAAGGCGUCUUGUUCACUUCAGCCCACAGGGUCUAUGUUCCGUGGGAAUGAGUAUGCUGUGUUUUUAUACAAUUCUUCACUCGGUAUACGAAUUUCUCGAACAAGUUUGUUAGAAAAGUCUUCAACUCCAAGGUCUACGCUGAGAAAGUCGUUUACACGUAGUCCUUGUGGAGCGUCAUGUCACAUUCAAAGCACGAAAUUGGUUCUGAUCUCAGUGCACUUAAAAGCAAGUGGUUUACGAAAUAGUCAAGUUGGGCAGACUAUUUCAGAAAUUCAAUCCCUCGGUUAUCUAGUUCAAGCCUUUUACGAGACCCAACCAAGUGGAACGCAUCUCAUCAUAGCCGGUGAUUUCAAUCUCUUUCCCACACAUGAAGUGUGUUUUUUAUAG